AUGCGAGUUCAGGAUUUAUUCACUGCUAUCCUCAUCAUGAUUCAAGAUGUAUCUCCAUUUUUACAAACUAUACUUGGUACUGGUUUAACAUGGUUUCUCACCGCUCUGGGUUCUGUAUUCUGUUUUAUUAUUUCUAAUCGUCCUACCAGUCUACAGAAUCGGAUUCUCGAUGGGAGUUUAGGUUUCUCUGCAGGGAUUAUGCUAGCUGCAUCAUUCUGGUCGCUUUUGGAUCCAGCUCUGGAGAUGGCUAAAGUGGAAUACUUUCUACCUGCACAGUGGCUCGAAACAGUACCAGAGAUGACAGAUGAUUCUUUGUGUUACCCAUUGCGUAGUCUGAAUCCCAAUAAGUUUGAUGAAUCCCGGAAUAAUGUUGACAGUUUGAUCAAAGAUUACUGUGAAUCUGAUCUCAGAUUACGUGGGGAAAAAACUUCGCAGAAUAUAUCUUAUGCACACUCAUCAUCUUUAUCGGUAAAAGAUGGUAACGAUAAAAAACAACCUCCGAAAAUGCUAAUGACUCGACGGUUAUGGCUUCUUCUCAUUGCAGUUACCGUUCAUAAUAUACCUGAAGGUCUAGCUGUUGGUAUAGCUUUUGGCGGAGUUGGUCAAUAUCCGGAGGCUACUUUUUCACGUGCGUGUAACCUGGCGAUUGGCAUAGCUAUCCAAAACUUUCCUGAAGGGUUGGCUGUCAGUUUACCAUUGUAUUCAGCUGGUUAUGGAUUUUUGAAGAGUUUAUGGUAUGGACAGUUGUCUGGUCUUGUAGAACCUUGUGCUGGACUUAUUGGUUGUUUAGCCAUACACUUUUUUCGAAGACUUCAGCCAUAUGCACUGGGUUUUGCUGCUGGAGCAAUGAUAUUCGUAGUAUUCGAUGAUGUUAUGCCUGAAUCUCAGUCCAGAGGACACGGCCGACUAUCAUCUAUAAUGGCUCUGAUUGGCUUCGCCACUAUGAUGUCUUUGGAAGUGAUCACGGAGUCCAGUUGA